UGAACUUUACAGCCAGUCUUCGCCAGCAGGGAGCUCACUUCUUUCAGCUUUUCUGAGUCUCAAAGUCCACUAUCAACAUGUCAGACACAGAGGAGGUCGAGCAUUUCGAGGAUGAGAAGCCAAAGUUCAAGCCAUCAGCACCCAAGAUCCCAGAUGGUGAGAAAGUGGACUUUGAUGACAUUCAGAAGAAACGUCAGAACAAGGAUACGCUUGAGCUGCAGAGCCUCAUCGAUGCUCACUUUGAGCACAGGAAAAAGGAGGAGGAGGAACUCAUCGCCCUCAAGUCGAGAAUUGAGAAGCGCAGAGCUGAGAGAGCAGAGCAGCAGAGGAUUCGAGCUGAGAAGGAUAAGGAACGCCAGGCGAGACGCGAGGAGGAGAGGCUGAAAAGAGAGGAGGCAGAUGCUAAGAAGAAAGCAGAGGAAGACGCCAAGAAGAAGUCAGCUCUUUCCAACAUGGGCAGCAACUACAGCAGCUACCUGCAGAAGGCUGACUCCAAGAAAGGUGGCAAAAAACAGACAGAGAGAGAGAAGAAGAAAAAGAUCCUGGCUGACAGACGCAAGCCACUCAACGUCGACCAUCUCAACGAGGACAAACUGAAAGAUAAAGCACAGGAGCUGUUUGAAUGGAUAAAGACCCUGGAAUCUGAGAAGUUUGAACACACAGAGAGGUUGAAGAGACAGAAGUAUGAGAUUACUACACUGCGCAAGAGAGUGGAGGAGCUUGGCAAAUUCAGCAAGAAGGGUGCCGGCGCUCGUCGCAGAAAGUAAGUGCGUCGUCCUGCAGACCAAGACCUCCACAAUGAUGAUGGACAAGAUCCACCCCCACUCUGUGCUGACUGCACAGGACUAGUUGUUGAUCAACCCACUCUUCAUCGUCUUGGACUGUAGUUUAAUUCCUUUAUAUGUCAUGUAAAUAAAGUGUGACUUAAGGCCUUAGUACUACUUGUUCUUAUUGAAACAUCAAUAAAAUCGUUGUUUUUGGAGGUUGUCA